AAAUGAUAUUUCUUGUCAACACAAUCGUUUAAAGUGGUUGGGCGGUGGUAGGAUACACUUAGGGCUUUGGCACAAACUGAUCAUCUAUGUGCUGUAUGUGUAAUGAACAAAAAGCAUUGUAAAAAAGCGUGUCAAAAUAUCAAUAUUGCAAUUAUGUGAGUCGACACCAGUAUUGACAACAGCGGUGUCGUUUAGUAUCGAUAUUUAAGUAUCGCCCCAGCCUUGUGCUUCGACGUCUGUAGAAGUUAUUUCUUUGCGCCCUGUCUCCGCGUGUGUGUGAGAGAUUCUUUAACUGCUGACUCAUCUCUUUUCCAACAUGCCGGCCUUAGACGUUGUAGAUGCUAGUGAACCUUCUUCCCCCGCCAAGAAGUCAAGGACAGAAGGAAGAUCUGUUCUUCGCUUCGCUAAACUCUCUGAACACGCCACUGCACCCAGCAGAGGCUCUGCAAAAGCUGCUGGAUAUGACAUGUACAGUGCAUACGAUUAUUCUAUUGGUCCUCUGGACAAGGCCAUAGUGAAGACUGACAUCCAGAUAGCAGUCCCUCAUGGCUGCUAUGGAAGAGUAGCGCCAAGAUCAGGACUAGCAGCCAAACACUUCAUCGAUGUUGGAGCUGGAGUUGUCGAUGAGGACUAUAGAGGAAAUGUCGGCGUUGUGCUCUUUAACUUUGGCAAGGAGACUUUUGAAGUGAAAAAAGGGGAUCGAGUUGCUCAGCUCGUGUGUGAGAGAAUCUGCUACCCAGACUUAGUGGAGGAGAAGACACUUGAUGACACGGAACGUGGAGCUGGUGGGUUUGGAUCAACCGGAUCUAAUUGAAGCUUGAUUGUUAUUGUGAAGUUGGAGUUAUAAUAAAAUGUUUUGUUAGCACGGUG